CAGACACUUCUAGUCACCAAUAAGUACACUCUCCACACCUCACACUCUCACUCCUGAAACUAUUUUGCCUCCGUAUCCGAGAUCAUUCAUAUUUCUAAAUAUCUUCCAGAUCAAGGUCUCCAUGAUGCGAUGCACCUGGGUGGCUCUCUGCAUCGCCAUGUUCGUGAUGUCAGAUUCUCUUAAAGGUAUGAGUUUGGGGAAAUCCGGGGGAAAUAACAAAGCUACGAACCCCUCAUUCAAGUACGAGUUCACCAUGGACAUCACCAACCAUAUCUACACCGAUGCCCUGCUCAACCACAAUUCUCCUAAAUAUGAGCUAUUGUCCACACAAGUUACCGGCGUUCUCUACUCCAUCUACGGCUGCCCCUCUUGUAACACACACACGUUUUAUCAAGGAGUAUCAGCGAUGACCUUCAGUAAUCAAACUGGAACCGUGCUUGUAAAGGCUACACUCGUGUUCCAGUCAAACCAAAUCGACGCUGAGGUGAUCAAAGCCCUGUUUAUGAAUGCGCUUGCUGACAACAGUGUAAUAAAUGGCCUUGUAUUCAACCCUAAAUUCACACAAGCCAUAUCAAGUUCAACUCCUACACCAACAAGUCCUACCACCGCAACCACCACUACAGCCAGUACUCGUCCUACCACUGCCACCACUCAUCCUACUAUUACAACCACCACUCAUCCCCCCACUAAAACUAUCACUCGUCCUACCAAUGCCACCCCUCGUCCCACUACUACAACCACCAUUCGUCCUACCACUACAACCACCACUACCACAACAACCACCACUCGUCCCACUACAACAACCACCACUCGUCCUAAAACUCAUCCUCAUGCUAAGCCCCCAACACACCACAAUGCCGCCUCUUCUUUCUUUCAUCAAAGUCCUAUAACUCUGACUUCAUUUCUCCGCUUCGGUCUUUCAUUUGGCCUCUUUUUCCUCAUCAGCUAUUCUUUUUAAUCUUGUAAACCUGAUGUGUCAUAAUAACCAGGUAUAAUGUGUGACUGAAAUAUUACACCCAAUUCUUGUCCCACCACUACAACCACCGCUCUUCCUACCACUCCAACCACCACUCAUCCCAACUCUAAAACCACUACUUAUCCUUUCACAACAACCACAACUAGUCCUAUAGCUACAAUCACCAUUUAUACUACCAGUGAAACUACCACUCAUCCCAUCAUUACAACCACCACUCGUCCCACCACUUGUCCCACCGCUCACACCACCACUACAACAUCAUCCCACCACUAACACCACCACUCUUCCUCCACAACCACCACUCAUCCCACCACCUAUCCUUCUACUACAACAUAAAAAUGCCACCUCUUCAUCCAUUUUCUAAUGUAUCUGGUAUGAUGUUUCAUUCUGCCGGCUUUUCCUCAUCAGCUAUUCUUUUUAAUUUAACUGCUUAACCAAGUAAAAUUAUAACCAGGUACAGUGUGUGACUAAAAUAAUUUUAUGGUACAUGUUUCAUAUAGCUAAAAUGGAAAUAAUCAUAUUGCAAGCCUGUGUGAAACCUACCAGAUUGAAGAAACGCCCUUACAGCAUGUUUAUUUGAAAAAUCCUGAGUGUUUUUCUUAUAUAUACUUUUUGUUUGUUUCUUUCUGUAUAAUCUAUUAAAAGCUGUUGUGUUAA